AGCUUAUCUAUAGAUAAAAGAUCUAUAAUCUAUGGUCAAUGUCAAUAACUUGAAGAAUUUAGGCUAUAUUUAUUAUUUUUAUAUAUUUUUGAUUUUAUUUUACUAGAGAAAAAUUACAUUUAAUUAUGAAGGACAAUGACGACUUAUCGGAUAUAAUCAAACUGAUUAGUGACAUAAAGCACAAGAACAUACUUAGUUCAUAUGAUGUAGCUCUUCGUACUGAAAAAUUGCUUGAAAACCUCAUUUCCCAUGGAAAAUGGGACAGUGCUUUAGAAUUAAUGGAUUUAGUUAAACAGAGGAUAAAAUGUUUUUCACAAAGUUUACCUGAUGAGCCUACUGCUAGUAACAUUAUGAAACAUAUUUUGAAAAUUAUUCGUGAUGAAUAUCAAUUAGUUUCAAAGAAAAAAGGAGAAACUCAUUCUUUACAACAAAUAGUUAAAGGUGAUUCCAGCAAUGUAUUGGAUUACUCAGAAAACGUUUCGAAUUUAAGAUCAGCAUUACUGGAUCAUCUCUCUGAAUAUAAAGAUGAACUUGAAACCAGCACUGAGAAUAUAGCAGCUCAAGCUUCAGAACAUAUACACAGUAAUGAAACUAUUCUUACAGUUGGAAAAUCAAGAACUGUGGAAAAGUUUUUAAAAUCUGCCUCGAAACAGAGGCUUUUUAAUGUGAUUGUUGUUGAAGGGGCACCUUCGUAUUUGGGGCACUCUAUGGCAGCAGCUUUAGCAAAAAGCAACAUACAAACCACAGUAAUUCCUGAUUCUGCAGUGUUUGCUAUGAUUUCUAGAGUUAACAAAGUUAUAAUAGGCACUCAUACUGUUCUGGCUAAUGGAGCUCUAAGAGCAACCAGUGGCAUAUAUGUUGUUGCAUUAGCUGCAAAACAUUAUUCUAUUCCAGUCAUGGUACUCUCACAUAUGUAUAAAUUGACUCCAUUGUACCUGGGUUCAAAUGAUCAUGAUUCAUUUAAUAUUUGUGCCUCACCAGCUAGCGUAAUACCAUAUUCUUUUGGAUCAGUUUUAAACAGUGCCGACAUAAAAAAUCCAAUGUUUGACCAUGUUCCACCAGAGUUAGUUACUCUGUUUAUAACACAUCAAGGAGGAAAUGCCCCAUCUUAUAUUUACCGCUUAUUAUCAGAGAUGUACCAUCCCGAUGACUAUGAAAUAUAAUAUAAUAAUUACUAGCCUUGUGUUUUUUUCAUAUAAUUAAACCACCAAUUUAAUUCUUUAA